GUGGUUUUGUCCUUGGUCGCGCGUGUGCCGUGUUUUCAUUUUUUCGUAUUGGUGUACCUACGUUAUUGUAUUAUUUUCGUUUUGCAUGACGUUUAUUCCAAUUAUAUGUAGCUUGCUGUUGUCGAUUGUUGUUGCUGGCUGAAAACCGAUUCGAAAAUUUUGUCGCCGUUGAUGUCAGAUAUUGCACGAGUAGAACAUACUUAAGAUUUGUUUUGUGCUUUAGAUACCUUCUGAAGAGACAAUUUCCUUUAAUCAGAGAUCAUAAAUCGCACAUCACAUCAUGAGUGUCGACACGUAUGGUCCGAGUUCGCAAACUCUGACGUUUUUGGAGACAGAAGAGACGGACAUGAUAGGUGCGGACACUCAAGGUACUGAUUUUGACUUUACCGAUUUCACAUUACCGUCGCAGAGCCAAGCGCCAAUGUCACAGUUGGAAUCAUCGUCGCAUCAAAUGCAAUUAUUGAGCAAUAAAGGUGAAAAAGAAGAUACAAAUAUUAUAACUGUUACUAAGAAAAUUGGUGAGUUGCAGUUUGAAGAUGAAGAGGAAGAUUCUUUUUUCACUAAGGAACUUCCUUACUACGCAUGCAAGUAUUGUGGAAUUCACGAUCCUGGCUGUGUGGUCAUGUGUAACAUAUGUAAAAAGUGGUUUUGCAAUGGACGUGGAAACACAUCUGGUUCACACAUCAUAAAUCAUUUGGUACGAGCCAAACACAAGGAAGUAACAUUGCACAAAGACGGUCCACUUGGUGAGACGGUGUUGGAAUGCUAUUCAUGUGGAGUAAAAAAUGUAUUUGUACUGGGUUUUAUUCCGGCCAAAGCCGAUUCAGUGGUUAUACUUUUAUGUAGACAGCCGUGUUCGACACAAAAUUCAUUGAAAGAUAUGAACUGGGAUCAAGAGCAAUGGAAACCAUUGAUUGCCGAUCGUUGUUUUCUGACUUGGUUAGUGAAAGUACCAAAUGAAACUGAUCAGUUGCGUUCCAGACACGUUAGUGCUACUCAAAUAGCUAAACUCGAAGAGCUGUGGAAAGAUAAUAACGAAGCUACAAUCAACGAUCUUGAUAAACCAGGAGUAGACGAAGAACCUCAAAUAGUACUUUUGAGAUACGAGGACGGGUUUCAGUAUCAAAAUGUGUUUGGACCGUUAGUAAAACUGGAAGCAGAUUAUGAUAAGCGAUUAAAAGAAUCGCAAACACAAGAGAACAUAACCGUCCGUUGGGAUGUUGGAUUGAAUAAAAAAACAAUCGCUUAUUUUCAUCUCGCAAAGACCGACGGUGAUAUGCGUUUGAUGCAUGGCGAUGAGUUGAGAUUACGAUUGACGGGAGAAAAUCCUUGGGCCGGUAUAGGUCAUGUUAUUAAAAUACCUGAUAAUUACGGUGAAGAUGUUGGAUUAGAAUUAAAAAUCAAUAAUGGUGUACCUACAGAUCUUACAUCAAAUUAUGUUGUUGACUUUAUAUGGAAAUCUACUUCUUUUGAUAGAAUGCAAUGUUCAUUAAAAAGAUUUGCUACGGAUGAAUCUUCCGUAUCGUCUUACAUUUAUCACAGAUUGCUUGGACACGAGUUUGACGAUCUCAUGUUUAGAUCUCACAUGCCCAAACAUUUCUCUGCCCCAAACUUACCAGACUUGAAUAGAUCACAGGUAUACGCUGUAAAGCAUGCUGUACAAAGACCGUUGUCUUUGAUUCAAGGACCACCUGGAACCGGCAAAACCGUAACAUCCGCCACUAUAGUUUACCAACUUGUAAAAAUCAAUGGAGGGCCUGUUUUAGUAUGUGCUCCAUCUAAUAUCGCCGUGGAUCAAUUGACUGAGAAAAUUCACAGAACUGGUUUAAAGGUGGUACGAGUUUGUGCUAAAUCCAGAGAAGCAAUCGAUUCUCCGGUUUCAUUUUUAGCUCUUCAUAACCAAGUCCGAAAGAUGUCUUGCAAUGUAGAGCUUCAAAAGUUUCAACAGCUCAAGGACGAAACUGGUGAAUUAUCAAUGGCUGACGAAAAACGGUAUCGUGCUUUGAAAAAAGCAGCCGAAAGAGAAUUACUUAAAGCAGCCGAUGUCAUUUGUACAACAUGUGUUGGAGCCGGAGACCCACGUUUGGUACGAUUUAAGUUUCACUCUAUUCUCAUUGAUGAAAGCAUGCAGGCCACAGAACCUGAGUGUAUGGUACCAGUUGUACUUGGUGUGAAACAGUUGAUAUUAGUUGGAGAUCAUUGCCAACUUGGACCUGUAGUUAUGUGUAAAAAAGCCGCUAGAGCCGGCUUAAGUCAAUCUUUAUUUGAACGUUUAGUUGUAUUGGGCAUUCGACCAUUUAGACUGGAAGUUCAGUACAGAAUGCAUCCGGAACUUUCACGUUUUCCAUCUAACUUCUUUUAUGAAGGAUCAUUACAAAAUGGAGUUUGUGCUGAUGAUAGAAAAUUGAGCAAGAUUGAAUUUCCAUGGCCAGUGGCUGACAAACCAAUGUUGUUCUAUGUGACACAAGGCCAAGAAGAGAUCGCUGGAUCAGGUACUUCAUAUUUGAAUAGAACAGAAGCUGCUAAUGUUGAAAAGAUAGCUACUAGAUUUUUGAGGUGUGGCGUGAAACCUGACCAAAUUGGAAUUAUUACACCAUACGAAGGACAAAGGGCGUAUUUGGUGCAAUACAUGCAGUAUCAAGCACCUCUUCCAGCCAAGGUGUAUCAAGAAAUUGAAAUAGCUAGCGUUGAUGCGUUUCAAGGACGUGAAAAGGAUUUGAUUAUCAUGUCAUGUGUUCGGUCUAACGAACACCAAGGAAUUGGUUUCCUCAAUGAUCCGAGACGUUUAAAUGUUGCUUUGACCAGAGCAAAAUAUGGCAUACUGAUUGUGGGAAAUCCCAAAGUUUUAUCAAAACAACAACUGUGGAACCAUUUGUUGAACUACUAUAAGGCAAACAAUGUUUUGGUGGAAGGUCCCCUGAAUAAUUUGAAGGAAUCUCUAAUGCAAUUGUCCAAACCUAAACAAUUAGUGAAUGCUGCUAAUCCAGGAUCACAUUUUAUGAACACUCACAUGUACGAUGCCCGUGAAGCUUUAAUUCCAGGAAGUGUUUAUGAUCGUAAUAGUCAGGGAAAUGUGCCCAAUGGCCAUGGACCACCACAAUAUUUCCCAAGACCUGGACCUGGACCUGUUGGAUUAGGUUUGGAUUUGUAUGCUCGAAACCACGACCCAUUGACAUUUAUAACUCCGGACACAAGGUCUCAGCCACAAAUUGGAGGUAUACCCGUUGGUAUGGUUAUGAAUAUGAAUUCUAUGGGACCUCGAUUUUUCAACCAACAAUCAGUUCAAAACCGCCAAAAUGUGCGAAACAACCGUUUGCCAAUGACUAGUGGUCGUUUAAAGACAAAACCCAAUCAAAAGAAUCUAAAAUCAAAUGGAGUCGGUGCGUCUCCACUUAGUCAAGCAAUUACUCAAGAUGUUUCACAACCGUAUAGUCAAAAUAUGUCUCAGAGUAUGUCCCAACCGGGAUUCAGUCUCUCUCAGCCAGGUUUGUCUCAACCUGAGUUAUCGCAAGACAGUUACAUGAUGGGCGAGUUUCAUUCACAGAUGGAUGGCCUACUGUCUCAAGAUUCAACUUAUCAAGGCGACCGUACUGUCACAUCCUUCUACAACCCACCAAAUACAAUGUACUCGCAGCCAUACUGAAGACAUUUUACAAUGGACGAGUACAGCCGAUUAGGUCGUGGGAGCGUCUUGUCGGUGCUGAUUAAAAGAACUUUUUGUAUAAUUGAGCGUUGUGUGCGGACAAUAACACUACCAGCAACAAUUGAUUAAAUUGAUGUUCACUGACAAAUAUAAAACGUACGGUCUACGACGAACAUUAACAAAUGAUUAUAUAUAUUAAAAAAAAUUAUCAUAUCUGGUGAAUCUUUUUAAGAAUUACAAUAAUUACAGAAGUGCAUUGAAGAAAAAUACACAUGUUCGUAAUUAUUAAUCAUUAUAUUUUUUAUUGUUUUCUUUAUUUUUUUGUUUUUUUUUCAUACAGUUGCUACCUAAAUUUUAACAAGUUAAAAAAAAAAAAAAAAUUAUAUUCACUAAUUUUUAAUCACACUGAACAUUUUUGUAGUAUUUAACAUGAUUAAAACGUUGUCCAUAAAUUCUUACGUAUUAUUUUGAUCUUAACAUUGAUAUUUUAUGCUUAAUGGGUGUAUUAAUAUUUUAUUGGGGAAUUAAUAAGACGAAGAAUAGAUUUUUACCCAAAUGUUUUUUUUUUCAUUUUGUUAUUGUUUAAGGUGCAUUUUUUCGAUUAAAUGAAAGUGUGUUUUAAGGGGUAAAACGUUAAAUAAAGGUGAGCACCAAAGAUAAUAUUAUAAUUUUUUUUCUUUUUACAAAUUGUUAAACAAGUUACUGGUGUUAAGAUUAGUUAUUAUUAAUUAUUAUAAAUAUUUUUAUUUUUAUGUUAAAAAAAAAACAUGUAUAAGACAUUCAUUUUUGUACUUGAAGGUUAUGAAGAACUAU